AUGAAGUCAGAAUUCUCCUCUCCAACAGCUGCUCGACUAUCUUUACAAGCGCUGGAUGCUAUAUCAAUGCUACAUUCAAUAGGAAUGCUUCAUACACGAGUCGAGCCAUCUCAUUUCUGUAUUGGUACUGAGCAUAGAAGGAAUUUAUUGUAUCUGGUUGGCUUCGGACAUAUCACGACAUUCAGCAAUAGUCCUACAUGGAAUCGCAAAACGCAAUAUGCUCCGAGAGCUUUCGCUUCUAGAAACUCGAUUUAUAUGGAGUUGGAAUGUUGGUUUUUUACAAUGGUAGACUUAUUUGAUCGGCCCUCACUGCCAUGGAAUAAAUUCAAGAACAUGAGUAGCGAGACUAUAGAAGAGAGAAAGCUUCUUUUAUUUGCUUCAGCCAUAUCAAAUUGUCGAGGAGGUGGGUUGUCAAAUGUCCCGCCCGAAGUGCGUACAAUUUGUGCGAUCAUGAAUAAACAUAAUUACAGGGCGGCCGAUUUGCGCUUCCAGCUUAUCAAGUACUUGAAUCGGAUCAACGUCAGUCUCACAAGCCCUUAUGAGUGGGAACUAUCGGAUGAAUACCGAGCAAGUAAGAAGACCAAACCGGAUGCAAAAAUAUACGAGAAAAAUGUUCAAAAUAUAGCAAAGUGGGUUUGGAUUUUUGUAUUCAAAAUAGUGCUAUCUCCCAUAAGCCUAUAA